UGCGUGCACUCCAUGUGUUCAGUUUAUGCCGUGAAGUCGUGCUACACCACGUAAAUGUAGCAUGACGAAUGUUUAUAAAAAUCAGUUUGUUUUACAUUCAAAGUUUAAGUUUUUAAUUUUUGUGUAAUGGGCACUUCAAUUACUGCUUAUUUGGAAUAUACAUCUAUACAAUUAAAAGAUGUAUUUGCUGCCACAUGUGAUAUUAAAAAUAAUAUUACUAACAAGCACCAUAGCGGAACCUGUGUUAGAAAUUUUAUUACCAGCAGAGAAUGGUCAAACCCUAACAAAUGUGGAUCAAUCCAACUCAGCCAAUGAUGAAGAUAAAACAUUAGCACAGCAAAUUUUUGAAGGCAAGUAUGGUCUUAUACAUAAAGAACUAUUCAAUGACAUACCAUCAAGGCCUGGAAUUAUAAGUUACAACAUAAAUCCUGAAGUGCCAAAGGACAACAUCAAUAAUUUAGGAGGGUUAGAUCCUGAUGAAAUAUGGCUGGCAGAGAAUCAUUUACUUGUGUUAAGAGGGGGGAAUUUUAGUGAUAAAAAAGUCAAAUGGUCAUACAUAGAUAACUUUAUUGCUCCAUUAAGACAGGUAAAAAUACCAGAAAACCCUAAAAUACCUCCACCAUUUCCAAUACAGCUGGAAGACAAUGGACCUAUUGAUUUUAUAUCCAUUAAUGGUUCUACUUGGAAUCCAGUAUUUCCUCCUCCAUUCCCAUCAAUUCAAAGCCCACCACUUCCAAACACAACAUUUGAUGAAGAUGAUCAGUCAUUAUUUUAUCCACCCAAGUAUGAUUUUGUAUAUACUCAAGAAAAUUCUACAAGAGUUCCUCCAGGUCCAUUAGUUCCUGGAAUAGUUUUGCCACCACCACCAAAUUUCUUUGGUCCUUUAGAAAAGCCAGAAAAAACUAAAAAAAUUAACUUAAAUACGAAUAAAACAAUUCCAAGAUUUAAUCAAAAACCAUACUUUAAAAUCCCCAAAGGAAAUCAUAAUGCUAAAGAAAAUGGAUGGGUUCCAAUACCAUCAAUCAAGCCAAAUUAUAUUGAAGGGUUGAAAAUCAAAAGUAAUAUUAUUAUUAGUACAACUGAAAGUAGUAAUAAUUACAAUUCAAAUAAUAACGAACAAAUUAAUUUCCCCAGUCACCAAUUUUUCCUAGAAAAUCCAGUAGGACAUACAACAAGACGUCCAGAUUCUUAUUAUUAUUAUGAAGAAAAUAAUAAAUAUGAUGUAGAAAAACCAGCUCAACACAAUAAAUAUGAAGAUUCUAAUAUAAAAAAUCAACAAUUUGAUUUCCAAAAUAAUUACGAAAAGUCUACUACAGUCAAGCCAUAUUAUGAGUAUAGUUAUAUUGCUCCAGAGUACGAUAUUAAAUCCCAAAUUCAAAAUCCAAUCCAUAAACAAAAGCCAAUGACAGAAUACCAAAAAGAAAGACAUGUAUUUCAAGAAUGGUCAGAAAACCCAAAAAAUACUCAAUUCAAUAAUGAAAUGGAAAAGCAAAAAUAUCAAUCGUGGCCACAACAAAAUAACCAAUACUCGGAUAUUGAUUAUAAUUAUCAAACAGAAAAACCCAACUUUGCUACUGAUAAUCCAUAUCAUGCAUUUUUCACACAAGAUGAUGCCAGUUUAGUAGAUGAAAAUACAAAAAAAUAUUUUGCUCUCUUUGGUCAGAAAGUUAGAACUGAGAAACCGACCCAAGUAACAUCACAAUCAAAACCUCAUAGUAAUAAAAAUGAUAAUAAGAUAUCAAUCAUUGAUGACAUAUUAGUUAACUUUAAACAGCCAUUGCCAACUAACAAUCCAGUGUCAAAAAUAACUACGGUGAAACCGCACUACAAUUAUCCUCAAAUUUCUUUACAUGAUGAUAUAAAUGUAAAUUUUAAAGAAAAACAUGCACAAAUUAAUCCUGAUACUGAGAUAAUAUCUGAAAAUUCAAAUGAUUUUAAAGAAAAUUAUCCAUAUUCGAUUGAUGCUGAAAUCAUCUACAAUCAACGUUUGCCACCUAAAAAUAGUAACACCGACCAAAUAAUUAAAAAACCUUUGAUUCAAACUUCACUACAAAGCAACACUCCAGUGAAUUAUAAACAACCUCUACAAUCAAAAAAUCCAAAUUUAGAACCAAUUACACUAAGACCAUACUUAAAUGUACAUCAACCAUCACUCUUAGAUGAUACUCAAGUAAAUUACAAACAACCAUUACCACCAAUAAAUUUAAAUUCUGAAAUUAUUACUCAAAUACCACUAUACAGAUUGCCAUCAUUAUUUGAAGACACAAAUGUGAACUAUAAACAACCUUUGAGAUCUGAAAAUUCAAAUUCAGAACAAAUUACUCAAAGGCCACAUACGCGAAUAACCCAAUCUCCCUUACAUGAAGAUAUAAAUUAUAAUUUAGACUCUUCAUUUGUAACACAGAAUCCAAAUUCAGAACAUGUUACACAAAAGUUAUAUAUGCACAUACCCCAAACACCAUAUUAUAGUGAUACUAAAAUGACUAAUAAACACCAAAAACAAACUUAUUCAUCGAGCAUUCCAAAUAUAGAACUGGUUACACAAAAACCAUACAAAAAUAUUCCAGAAACGUCAAUACAUGAUGGGAUUCAAGUAAACUUUAAGCCACAAAAAUAUUCAAAUAGUGGAGUAGUCACUCAAAGGCCCUAUAUUAAAGUACCAAACACUCAAUACCUUGAAGACACGCAAGUGAAUUAUCAACAAACAAUAUUUCAACAAAAUCCAAACAUUGAAACAGUAGAAAAAAGACCACAAAUUAAGUUUCCUCAGACAUCACUGGUUGAUGAUGCUCAAUUUCAUUUUAAAAGACCAUUGCCAUUGAGAAACCACAAUACAGAGUAUUUUACUCAACGACCUAAAUCUAUAUACUCACAGACACCAGUAUCUUUAAUUGAUGAUGUUCAAGUAAACUAUAAACAACCACUGCCAACAAAAAAUAUUGAUUCAGAAUAUAUAGUAACAACACAAAGACCAUUAAAUCGUGUAGUUUCAUACAAUUUACCUGGAAAUAGCGGAAGUCAUUUUUUCUUUUUAACAACUCACACUGGACAUCCAAUACAAUAUAAUUUGGGUAGUCAUAACUAUCAAUACUAUAAGAGAAAUGUCAAAUAGAAGUUUAAUACUAAUUAUAUUACAUUUUGUUUGAGCAUUGAAAUUGCAAUUCAAAAAGUUAUAAUGGAACCAUUUAUACUGUGGAUAAAAUAUAUGAUACAAUCAAACAUUUGAUAUUGUUAAAUAAAAGACUGUGUUAUGUAAUAUGAAAUAAUUCUUAUGUAAGGUACAAUAUUAUUAGUGUUUAAUUAAUUUGACAUAUUAUGGAACUAAAUUCAUUUCUUAUUUUUGAUUAAUGGCAUUAUUCUUUAAGAAAUAAAUCUAUUAGUAAUAGUGAAAGUAAAUUAUUGUAUCAAUUCUUAGUUAAUAUGAAUUGAAAUAAGUUUAAGGUAUACUUCAAUGUAGUUAUUUAAUAUUGUGUCAUAAUUAAAAAAUAUAAGAAACUAUUUUACUAUUAAUUUUUGUUUAACACAACUAGUUGUAAAAUAAAAUUUGAUGAAUUAAGGAUGUUUGAUUAAGAUUUUUUUCAUCUAUAAUAAUAUUAAGAGUUAAACAGACAUCAAUUUGUGUUUAUGUGUAUACAAUAUGUAAGAAACUUUUGUAUUUAUUAAUGAAACAUUAAGUAUAUAUUUAAAUAAUACUUUUAGCAUAAUGAAUUGGAAUUUUGUAUCAAUAUAAAAAUAUAACAAUGAAAUUAAUAUUGAAACACAUUGAGUACAUUGAGAAUACAUUUAACAAUUAUAUUGUAUAAUGCUCCUAAACUUUAGAGACAUGUCACAGUGCAAACAGAACAUACAUACAACGUAAAUGGUUUUAAGAAGUUUAAAAUAUUUGGUACUGUUUGCCAUCACAAGCCAUUAGUGUACUUCGCUGUGCCAUAAGCAAUUUAACAUAACCCCCCCCCCAGGUGACCGUCCAUUGUACUAUAGUAUUUUAUACAUACAUACCAUUACAAUUAGUAAUUAGUAUUUCAUAAUAAGACAUAAGAAAAUAAAUAAGAAAAUUUCAUAAAAAUUCUUUAAUGUCAUACAUUUUAUUUGUUGUAAAUUUUUUUAACAAUAUCAUAAAAUAAAUUAAUAAUGUUAUUUUUAAGAUAAGUAUGCACCUGAGAUUACACUUACCUACUAUGUAGCAACAAGCUAACAUGCUAACAUGAUUAUAUCAUAAUAAAAUAAAAUUUCAAAUAUAAUAAAAAUAAUUACCAUUUUCCAUAAAUAGAUCGCAUUCUAGAUUUACCUACAUGUAAAAUAUUGAGAUACAGAGCAACAUUGAUCAUGAUUCAUAAAUAUAAAACUUAGUUUUAAUUCUGCUGACAAAAAGUCCACUUGGAGGGUGGAAAUUUUUUAAUACAAAAAUGAAAAUACUAAUAUUUUUAUAUUUUAAACUAUACAUUACCUAAGUAUUAAAAUUUAUUUUUAUUUUUUAAUAAUACUAUUGUUAAUAAUUACUACCUACAAAUAAACAAAUACAUUUUUUCUAACUUA